AUUUCAUAGCCUCAGAAGCAUUACUUCUCUUCUAGUGGCCUAUUCAUAAAAAAAUCCAAACAAUAAUCCAAAGAAAACCAAUUAUUUAUCAUGCCUAGCAGUACUCAAAUUCGCAUCCAAUCUGGCUCUGACAUUUCUCCAGAGACUCUCAAGUAUCUCAAUGAGCGUUUGGCCACUCAAUCCCCUCGCGAGAUCCUCGAAUGGGCCAUUGACAACCUCCCUAACCUUUACCAGACAACUGCCUUUGGUUUGACUGGUCUUGCCACUGUCGACAUCAUCAACAAGAUCAGCAUCGACCGCAACCAGGACCACAUUGUUCCCCUUAUCUUCUUGGACACUCUCUACCACUUUAAAGAGACCAUCGACUUGGCUAAGAAAUGCCAGGAUAACUACCAGGUUCCUUUAAAAAUCUACAAACCCAUCGACUGCACAAACACCGCCCAGUUUGAACGCGAACACGGAAACAAACUCUGGGAAACUGAUGAUGAUAUGUACGAUUACCUCGUCAAGGUCGAGCCCGCACGUCGCGCUUACGAUGAGUUAAAGGUCAAGUCUGUAAUCACUGGCCGUCGUCGCAGCCAAAAGGGCGAUCGCGAAGCAAUCCCAAUUCUCGAAAUAGAUGGCACUGGUUUGAUCAAGCUCAACCCUCUUGCCUAUUGGGAUUACCAGCAGGUCUGGACUUACAUUCGUGCCAACGAGGUUCCCUAUAACGCCUUAGUCGACCAAGGCUAUCGCUCUAUUGGCGACUGGCACUCUACCAAGGCACCCUCUUCAAAUGGUGGCAGUGAUGAGCGCUCUGGCCGCUGGGAAGGUACCCAAAAGACAGAGUGCGGCAUGCACAAAGAUUACUUUAAAAUGCGCGCUGCCUUUGUAGCUGCCAAACAAAAGAAGCAGCAGCAACAGAAACAACAAAUUAACCCUUCUGUCAUCACAGCCUCAUCAUAGAUAAUUUUCCCUCAUCUCCAUCCUAUCUAUAUGUAUAUAUCUCCUUAGUUAACUGCUUUAAUUUCACACCUGUUUAAUAAAUAUCUCUUGCAAACAUC